UAUCUUCAAAGUUUAUAUAAUGUGAUUCCCCAUUGGUAGUAAAUUGCAUGGUGAAGAUAUCUUUAAAAAAGAAAUGAGUUCCUUUAAGAUGUUGGAAAAUGCAAUUUUUAAGCUCUUGUUAAAUUGCAUAAUGAUAUCUUCAUUCAUCAGAUCAAGUUACUCAAAAUGUGAUUUUCAAGGAAUAUUCAACUUUGGAGAUUCAAAUUCGGAUACAGGUGGAUUUUAUUCAGCAUUUCCAGCACAACCUAUUCCCUAUGGAAUGACAUAUUUCAAAACACCAGUUGGACGUUCUUCUGAUGGGAGGCUCAUUGUAGAUUUUUUGGCUGAGGCUCUUGGAUUGCCCUAUUUGAGUCCAUAUUUGCAAUCAAUUGGAUCAGACUACACACAUGGUGCAAACUUUGCAACAUCAGCAUCUACUGUACUUUUGCCAACUACAUCUCUCUUUGUAAGUGGACUAAGCCCUUUUGCUCUUCAAAUACAACUAAGGCAAAUGCAACAAUUCAGAGCCAAGGUUCAUGAUUUUCAUAAAAGAGACCCAUUGAAACCCUCAACUUGUGCCUCAAAAAUCAAAAUUCCUUCACCUGAUAUCUUUGGAAAGUCUAUUUACAUGUUCUACAUUGGUCAAAAUGAUUUCACUUCAAAAAUAGCAGCUAGUGGUGGUAUCAAUGGAUUGAAGAACUACUUGCCUCAAAUCAUCUAUCAAAUUGCCUCUGCCAUCAAGGAGUUAUAUUAUGCACAAGGGGGACGUACAUUUAUGGUAUUAAAUCUUGGUCCAGUUGGAUGCUACCCUGGAUAUUUGGUGGAGCUUCCUCAUACUAGUUCUGACUUAGAUGAACAUGGAUGCAUAAUUACUUAUAACAAUGCUGUAGAUGAUUACAACAAAUUGUUGAAAGAGACAUUGACUCAAACUAGAAAAAGUUUAUCAGAUGCUUCCCUCAUUUAUGUGGACACCAAUUCUGCUCUAAUGGAGCUCUUUCGUCAUCCUACAUCUUAUGGACUAAAGCACAGUACCAAAGCAUGUUGUGGUCAUGGAGGGGGAGAUUACAACUUUGACCCUAAAGCAUUGUGUGGCAAUAUGCUUGCAAGUGCAUGUGAAGACCCCCAAAACUAUGUGAGUUGGGAUGGCAUUCAUUUCACAGAAGCUGCUAACAAGAUUAUAGCUAUGGCCAUUCUCAAUGGCUCUCUAAGUGAUCCCCCAUUUCUUCUUCAUAAACUAUGUGAUCUUCAACCUAUUGAUUGAUCAAUUGCUUAUAAAGGUUUAUGCUUAUACCUUAUUACAAUAAUGAGUUUUAUAAAUUCUAAGCUAUCAAGAUGUGUAAGAUAUGUCGAACUUUGCUUUUGUAUGAUGUAUGAUGAUUUUGGAAAAUUGUUGAUCAUUAUUAUUUAUAUA